UGCAGCAGCAGCAAAGAAAAAAAAACUCCUGAAUUAUCGUAUCACCACCAUCGUUAGGGUUUAAAAAGUGAAGCCAAACAUCGUCCAAUUACUUUCACAGAAUGUCUCGGAAAACGUACUCCUCGGUGGAUUGUUUAUUCAUACUCUUCCUAACCUCAACCUUUGCCGAGUUUUCCGGGCUGGAGAAAAACAUUUUUCCACAACCUGUGCACGCGAAAGACGUUGAGAAAGUACCGGAGCUCGAUCUGGGUAAAAUAAUCAACGAGAAAGUUUACGCGAACAUAUUCGUACGGAAGCGGGAGGAACAUAAGCUACUGGUGAACCAUCUACAAUCGAUCGAAGAUUACAGCAAACGCUACAAACUCAUGAAGCUAGGGAUCGAUGAAAUCCUACGGAUAAUCCGCGAGGAAGGAGGCAAACUGAGGGGCAACCAAAUUACGGCCGAAUCGGAAUUUCCCAAACUUCAGGAACUGAUCAAUGCGCUGGCACAGUUUCUCGAAAACACCUGCCUGUUCGGCGAGAUGGUAUUACACUUCCCGGACAUGUCCUAUCGCAUACUGAAGGGCGUUUCCGACUGGCGCACCCUCAUGACGGAUGCGCUGAACUACACGAAAACGUUCGUGAAAAUAUUGGACGAGAAAUCCAUCGAACUGCUUGGGCUGCUCAAUCAAGAAAUUAACGAGGACCAGCGAACACCGGAAUACGUGAACCCGUACCGAGAGGGAGCACAACAGACGGAAUCUGCCAAGCCGAAGAAAAAAAGCAAAACGAAACCGAAAAAAGGACCCACACUGUCACCCGCCAAGACAGAACUGUAAAGCACACACUGCCAGCUCCGGUUGUAGAAAAUGAUUUCGUUUACUUAAAUAUACGCUUAUGAGGAAUUUA